AAGAGUCUCCUCCAGCACCAUAAUUCAAAAGCAUCAAUUAUUCGGCGAUCAGCCUUCUUUAUGGUCCAGCUCUCACUUCCAUACAUCACUACUGGGAAAACCAUAGCUUUAACUAUACGAACCUUUGUAGGCAAGGUGAUGUCUCUGCUUUUUAAGAUGCUGUCUAGGUUUGUCAUUGCUUUUCUCCCAAGAAGCAGGCGUCUUUUAAUUUCGUGACUGCUGUCACCAUCUGCAGUGAUCAAGGAGCCCAAGAAAGUAAAAUCUCUCACUAGAUUUUACUUUCUUGAAAUGUCACUACACAUGUUUAAAAAACCCUACUCUACACCCACAGUCAUGUAACAUGUGAUUUCAUAUUGGACUUUUGCGUUUACGACCCCUCCAGUACCAUGUGGUUAUAUUUACAGUGCCACAUUAAAAGGUGGGAAUAGGCAAUACAGAGAAGGCAGAAAGGCAAUCAGGUUACCUGCUUUAACUGUUUUAAAGCCGAUUCCCUCACCCUCCCGCCCCCAAGUCACAUGAGAACUGAAACUGAAGGCAAGCAGAACUACAGUAAUAGGAAGGAGCAGAAGGGCAUAGUACGGUAUACAGGUGUUUAAGUUGCUAGGGAGCUGCGUUUGGCUUAAGUUUCAAUUCUCCUGUGAGUUGGACUGGGAAAGGUGGAGCCUAAUCUGUGCAGGAAACCAAACAAGCUGUUUGUACUUAAAAGGAAGGCAGAUCAGAGAAGGAACAUGUCCGACGCUGCUGUGUGCAGUUUCAUCACAAAGAUCCUUUGCUCUGAAGGAGGAGGGUGCCUAGGCUUCAGUGAGCUCCCCUCGCUCUCGGGGUUGUCUGAUCACCAGCUAGAGGAGAUCCUGCAGGGUGCAGGGAAGGAAACGUUUCUGGUUGUCCCCCGGGACUCCGAGCGUCAGGUGCUGGCUGUGUCCCCAGUGCGGCUAUGCUCAAGGAACAGUUGUGGAGGAUGCGAACGCCUCCAUAUCUGCAAGAACUACACCAAGGGCCGAUGCUUCAGGCCUGCUUGUGGCAGAUGGGCAUGCAAGUAUUCUCAUGACGUUUUUUCAGAGGCGAACCGAAAAAUCCUGAAGGCUCAUGAACUUUCUGGGCUCAAUGAGAAUGAACUGCGUGUUCUCCUCCUCCAAAACGAUCAUUUUCUCUGGCCUGAUGUAUGCAAUUUCUACAAUAAAGGGGAUGGGAAUUGUGCCCAGCAAGAUAAUUGCACCAAGCUUCACAUUUGCCGGUAUUUCCUGAGAGGGCAAUGUAGGUUUCCUAAGUGCAAGAGGUCUCACAACCUUUUGCAACCAAAUGCUCUGAAGCUGUUGCUCGAAGAAGGAGUGGAUGACCGAGUGGCCUGGAACAUCCAGACAAUCUGUGAACACAAGACUGCUGUACUGUCCAGAGAAUUGGGUCCUCGCAAGAGUAAUUUCCCAAACGCAAGACCUGCAUCAAGUGGUGAAAAAUUAAGUGCAGAAAAUCCGAGAGAAGCCAGACUCGAGCAAUCAUCUAAUAUACGUAAUCUUAUGGACCUCAACCAAGGUGUUAAAGCCACCCCUUGUACUAAACCACCUCAGAAUUCAGAGAAGGAGAAAAGUGAUGAGAUAUGUCUUUUCUAUGUUUGGCGGUUUUGCAAAAAUAAAACUAACUGCAACAUGAUUCAUUACGAUAUGCCUUAUCGAUGGCAAGUGCAGACUGCAAAUGGUUGGAAGGAUUUGCCCCGAAGAGAGGAAAUAGAAAAAGCUUAUUCUGACCCAAGUAUUACCAGUACUUCGGAUCCAGAAUACAUCGAUUUCAGCACCAUGACCACUUCUAUGUCCCGUGUUCGACGUCUGUCCACCCCAUCAUCUGUCACCAAACCUCCUAAGUUUGUAAUGACGACAAAGUGGCUUUGGUACUGGAGGAAUGACCUGGGCCAAUGGACUGAAUAUGGGACACAGGGUGGACAACUCCAGGACUCCUUAGGUUCUGAUGAUCUGGAGAAUUUAUUUCUAGCAGUUCCAGAGGGUAGUAUCCAGUUCAAAGCUGGCUCCCAGCAAUAUGAGAUCAGCUUUAAAGAUAUGAAACAGAGAAACUUGCAGUAUCAAACCCAGAGAGAGGUUCGAAGACGCCCCAAGUUUGUUUCCUCUGAAGAUGUAAAGACAAAGAAGGGCCACACAAAUCAUGCUCCAGCGUCUAUUCCAUCCACAGACUAUCCAAACACCUGGGAUAAAUCUGCACUACCUGCAGUUGGGUACAAGGCUGUUGAAGUCAUCAAGAUGACUCCUGAAUAUACUAAGAUUGAGACUCUUUUUCAAAAGACAAUGAGCAAUUAUGUCAUCGAGAAACUAAAGAGAAUUCAGAAUCCGUCCCUUUGGCAAAUCUUCCAGUGGCAAAAAGAACAGAUGAAGAAGAAGAAUGGAGGAAAUACAGUGGAUGAGAGACUUCUGUUCCAUGGGACUAGUCCUUCUAGCUUGGAGGCCAUCUGCAGUGACAACUUUGAUUGGAGAAUCUGUGGAACCAAUGGAACAGCCUAUGGAAAAGGAAGCUACUUUGCCAGAGAUGCAGCCUAUUCCCACAACUACUGUCCACAUGAUGCAAAGGUGAAGACGAUGUUUGUGGCUCAGGUCCUGGUCGGUGAUUUUGUUGUGGGGAAUUCAGCAUAUACUCGUCCCCCAGAAAAAUCGAGUGGCACGAUCAACUGUUAUGACAGCUGCGUGAAUAAUUUGGCAGACCCAUCCAUUUUUGUUGUAUUUGAGAAGCCUCAGAUUUAUCCUGCAUAUCUGAUCUCUUAUCGUGAUGACAGACAGUCAGGUUACGUAUCCAUAACAAGAGGAAUGACCCCUGGGAGGAGCAACACCAGGGUGCAGCAGACGUGGGUGCCUUCAUCUGCCCCAGCUGCAACAUAUUAUGUCUCUCCUGUAUCGGUUUCUGCAGCCACAGCAAGUGCUGCAACUUCCACUCCCACAUACCACGCGAGACAAGUGGCUGCCAACAACAACAGAGAAGAAGAAAAGAAGUGUGUUAUAUCAUAGACAACUAGAUGGCAUUUUCCUUGCUGUUAUGUAUAAUUUACGUACUGAAGUCUUGUUUUGUAAUGAAUCAGAUUUUGGGGAAGCAAUAGGUCUCUUCGGAUAAGUAAGAAAUGGUGACAGUUUGUAUCAAGUAGCAGGGUUAAAAGACACUGCAUGAAGGUUUUACGGAAGCAAUAGAUCUCUUCAGAUAAGAAAUGCUGAAUCAUUGCUCUUGAAGAAGAUAGGAAUUAGAUAUUCAGUUUUUAUCAGUUGGCAGUGCUAAAGGACACUGCAUGGAAAAUCUAUUAUUUGGCAGAAUAUUUGGAUCAUUUGAUAUGUAUAUGUAUAAUUUGAAAUAUUUCAAGUGAUUUGAUUGGAUUUUUAAAGUGGAAAAUUUAAUAAAAAUGAUUUAUAAAAAUAAUAAUAAAGGACACUGCAUGGAUAAAAAUUGAUAGUCCAUUAUAGACGAAGCUGUAAAAUUGCAGCAUUUUUAAUGUAUCUUAACUGGUUUCAUACGUUAAAUAAAAAUAAGUUUAAAGCCAUUGGAAUGCUUAGAUUUCAAUGUCUUACGAUCUUUUAUGGAUUCAUGUGUUUCAUAUGUCGUAUGUCAAAUGUGGUAGGACACACUGAUAAUUAUUUCUGUCCUACUAGAUUGAUAUUAAUCUGCGUUGUACCAGGGAUAUAUUCCGAAUGGUUGUAUCGAAAGAAAUUUCUGUGCACUAUGGCACAGUACAACUUCCUGUCAAGUGUAAGACUUGGCUGGUUGUGAUUCUCUUUUAUUUCAUUGGCUUAGCAUAUGCUGUGAAAAUUAAUAAGUGGUGUUGGAUGGCAAAAGGUUUCUUCUCUGUACUAUUUUGGCUGAGCAGUAUUAUUAAGUGCCUUUGAUUGAUGCACGUAAUUAUACAUGAAAAAUAGUUUCCUAUUAGCAGAGCAGAAGACUUUUGACAUGAAACUUCUUGUCCAAAGGUGCUCAGCAACUUCGCUUCAGUGCACAACCCUGAUAGGAUGCAUAAAUAAAGACUACUGUAUACUUUU